GGAGAUCUGUUCAGUUGCUGUAGCAACGACAGCGGGCGGCGUGAGUGUCGAUUGUUUAGUGAGCUGUUGUAAACUAUGAAGCCUAAUUUCAGAUUUUUAAGCAUAAUUUGUGCUUUCAUCUCAUUUUCCUUUUAACUCCAAAAGUGUGUUGUUUUUGUAUUUUUGUUUCAUUGGUAUCAUAUUUGCGGAGGGCGCUGGAUUGUAUUUGUCGGUUUGAAAAUAAAUCAUAGCUCCACCGUAACAGUCCCGGCGAGCCUCGGUGCCUCUGACCUCUGACCUCGGCCCUGCCGACCUGGCCUGGCCCGGCCCGGCCCCAAAAGUAGAGAUGUCUGCUGUGAGCAGCCUGGUUCCGGCCCGGUUCCUCACCCUCACUGCGCACCUCGUCAUUGUCAUCACAAUAUUUUGGUCCCGGGAGAAUAACGUCCUGGCCUGCCUGCCUUUAGAAUACACACAGGAAGAGUACAACAGCCAGGAUACACAGCUCGUCGUGGCCCUCUCCGUGACCCUCGGCAUGUUUGCCAUCGAGCUGGCCGGCUUCUUCUCCGGCGUGUCCAUGUUCAACAGCAGCCAGGGCCUCCUCUCCCUGGCCUGUCACUGCAGCGCCUCCGUCUGCCUGUCCUUCUUCGUGUUCCAGAAGUGGGAGUGCUGGACCUACUGGUAUAUUUUUGGAUUCUGCAGCGCUCUGCCUGCUGUUGUGGAGAUCUUCCUCUUCAUCGCAGUGUUUGGGCUGAAGAAGAAGCCUCUGUGAGCCAGGAGGCAGACUCACAGUUAGGACACUGCUGCCCUCCUUUUAGCUGAACCAUGAACCACGUUCCUCCCCUCCACCCAACUGGAGAAAAUUGAACCCAGCACAACCCCCCCCCCCUUCAGAUUUCGCCCUGAGGUCGUUCGCAGGAACACGCACAUGCCCGCAGGACGCCGCUCGGCCCGACCGGCUCUUUCAGUUCACGGCUUUACCGACGCUGUUGCUGCUUAUUCGGAAAAAACAGCCACACCCGGUCUACAUCUCCUCUCGUGCAAAAAAUAAAAUCAAAGAAAGGCAGGGAGCCAAACCGGAGCCACGCAGUGCCCAGCGGUUCCUGUGGCCCCAGGCUGUGUGUCCCUCCACUGCGGGUGCUCCGGGUGCAGAAAUACAGGCCGGCUCUUCGCCAGGGUGAGUGCCCGCAGCAGAGAGAGAGCAGGCCGCUGGCGGGUGAAGAGGAAGAGGUACCUUUGCUGCUGGCAGAGCCUGGCAGCUCCUGAAGGGCAGUAAAUGGGUCAGCCGGCAGGGGCUCUUGAUCUUUUUAUAUUUUCUAAAAUAAACAGCCAACUUGACAAUAAGCAGUCUGUGAUUUUUAUGCUGGUUACCUGUUAGGUGUUAUGUGUGUGCAUAGCAAUUUUAUUGUUUUCUGCCAUGCUUUUUUUUCCCCCUAUUAUUAUUGAGAGGAAAAUAAAGGUCUUUUGCUGGCAAGCAAUG